UCGGGCAAGUUGACCAUCGCACAGACCGUGGCGGCAUGGUGCUCAGAGCUCGGGUACCUUGGCGCAAGCUUCUUCUGUUCUAGGGACAACCAAGAAUGCAGUGAUAUUCAAAUGAUAUUCCCUACAAUUGCCUACCAGCUUGGUCUGCGUGACUGCAGAUUCCAGGAGAAGAUUGCAGAGGUCAUGAGGCAGGACCCCGACAUCCAGACAUCUCUUGUCUCCCACUAG